UACGCGAGAUUAGGGCGCACAAUGACAACAUGUAUAUGAUAAAAAUCCUUCCUUUCCUUUGUGUUUACAGUGUCAGAGUGCACCGAUAGGUGGCAGUGAGUAUCUCAGGUAGAAAUUCCCACUAUAUCCCAGCAGCCGCUCAGCUGUCACACACGCGCGCUCGCACGGAGAGAGCGCAGGAGUCUCGGGCAGAGUUUCACCAAACAGAAAGUGAUAGAGUCGGUGAACGGACACUUCACACCGCCGGAGCCGGAACCACAGCACUCGGACGCGUUCCAGAGACUCUCGGACGGGUACUGGUACGGAUAUAUCUCGUAUCGGAGUUGUGAGCAAUGCGCUGGCAGCAUGGCCAGAUGGUUCAAGGAGCACCUGGGUUUCAAAACCACCAAAGCCCCGCCACCGGCACCUCCGAAACCGGACUACCGACACUUCCACACCACCGUCUCCAGCCCUCCGGCGUUCCACCUCCAGCAGCAGUCAGGCACCGGAUUAAUGUCCGCGCAGCCAGACAUCCUCACCGCCUACAAACUCCAGAAGGAGCUGGACUUCGAGGAUCCGUACACGCCAGGCGGAAACAUGCCCUUCUCCACCGGACUGAGUUCCGCGGGCUCGCCGGACGUCAAGUACGUGUCUCCAAAGCAUCGGCUCAUAAAGGUAGAGACAGUCGAGCGCAGCAGCUCGAGCUCGGGCAGCAGUAGCGGGGUGGCCGCGGUCAAAUCCCCCAGCUCUCCACCCGCCGAGCCCGAGAACGGCAAGCAGGAGAAGCUUAUCAUUCUAGAGGACUAUGCCGACCCCUUUGACGCAGCGGACCAGGCGGGAGGCACCCAAACGGUCACAGAAAAGCCAGCAGAGAACGACGGCUACAUGGAGCCCUACGAAGCCCAGAAGAUGAUGGCUGAAAUACGAGGCGGACGCGUUCCUAAAGAUGGUCCAGUCCGGCAGCUUCCUCUAUACGACACCCCGUACGAACCGGAGGAGAACGGAGGCGACCCAGAUGGAGGUUUGUGUUCCCGUGAAAGCAGAUUACCACAGGAUGACGAGAGGCCGCCAGAGGAGUACGACCAGCCCUGGGAGUGGAAAAAAGACCGCAUAUCUAAAGCCUUCGCAGUAGAGAUUAAAGUCAUUAAGGAUCUCCCGUGGCCUCCUCCGGUCGGGCAGCUCAACACCAGUCCUCCUCUGAUGGAGGCGGUGGAGGCUCCGUCCUCUCCAGGACUCAACGCCACAGCGUCAGCCUGUGACCAGCACCAGAACGUGCAAUUUGACGGCGUGGAAAAGUCUCCCACUAAGGAUCUGAAGUGCCGUCCGCUGCAGCGGCACUCGAGCGGCUGUCUGGUCAGCACUAAAAUGAGCUCUCUGGAGCCCAGCGGCCCGAGCGUGGGCGAACGCAUCGAUCCGUCCAUGCCUCUGGAGAGCCAGUUCUGGUAUCACGGAGCCAUCAGCCGGACGGAUGCUGAGUCUCUACUGCGCUUAUGUAAAGAGGCCAGUUACCUGGUGAGAAACAGUGAGACCAGUAAGAACGACUUCUCGCUCUCACUCAAGAGCAGUCAAGGUUUCAUGCACAUGAAGCUCUCCCGGACCAAAGACAAUAAGUACGUACUGGGUCAGAACAGUUGUCUGUUUGACAGCGUUCCUGAGAUCAUCCACUUCUACUCCAGCCGCAAACUGCCCAUCAAAGGGGCCGAGCACAUGUCCCUGCUGUACCCCGUGGCCAUACGGACACUAUAGAAGCAGAAACACUGCAGAACCAGGACGUUUGUUCAGCGUUUACAAGACAUCGACAAAUUAAAGUGCUACUGAGAUCCUGAAGGCAAAAAGGGAGACUCCUGGAAGCCUCAUUUAUCUCAUCUCUACGAAAGCGGUUUCUCUGCAGCGAUACGUCCUUCAAAAUGCCUUCUCCGUGAUUCCAGACCCAUUUUCUCCCUUUUUCUGGACAUAAGUGGAUCUUUAGUCUUAGACCUGCACCCACACUUUAUCUGUUACACACUGUACAGAAACCCGCCGUUCGUGUGGAAACGUCGCUCUGAUUUUACUAUUCGGAUGUUUAUAGUAACGAUUUCUGGACAUGUGAAUCAUUAGACGUUCUGGAAGAAAAUAAAAUGCCACCGUUCCUAUACAUAAUCAAACUAAGUCAUACUGUACCAAAACCUCAUCGUCUGGACCUUCUGUGACAGUACUGUCAGUCGGUUGGCUUCGGUGAAAUAUUAAUCGUUAAACAUGAACUUUUUCAGAUCAUAUAGAAAAAUAAAACCCAGAAGACUGAAAUCGAGCAUUCAGCAUUUUUCGGUUAGACCCACAGAUGUGAAGAGUAAUUGCUACGCAGACAGAUUCAUUAAGUCCCUUAAAAUAGCAGUAAUAGCGCAGAGCGGGAAGAGAAGAGAUGGAUGGUGCCAUUUAAGUGUACUUGGACUAGGCGGCUAUGCAGAUCAGUGUGAAAAAGGACCUUUUCAUUUUAUGAUUCAAAAAGAGUCACUUUAUACACCAGAGUUUAGGAUGAUCUUGACCAAGGAGAAUGAAAUAUUCCUGUAUUGUCUACCUCAGAAAAUCAAUUUUGCUCAUCCAUCUGCCGGUCGAUAAGGUACAGUGACGUUGCAGAUAUCGAUUGGUUUGACUCUUCCCGUCUCAAAUUCCCACCAAAUUUUGCCUUUUGGUUUAAGAAUAGCUUCUUCUUUACUCGAACGCAAUCAUUUCUAUGCUGUUGUGUGAUGCCAGUGACUUUGGUUCAUGCCUUAUACUGUAAAUGCAUGGUUUAAAAAAGAAAACAAAUGGAGAACGCUGCCGUUCUGCUCUCAGUGAAUGUUUAGUGGCUGUAAUUUAUUAUGGAGAAAAAACAAUAAUACUAUUGCUGAUGUUUUAGUCCAGCUAAGACAAUGUUCUCGAGCAGUGUGUGUGUGUGUGUGUGUGAUAUGUCUGACCUUACGUUUCUUUGUGAUUGUCCCUGUCUGAAUACUCUGAUUGGACAUCGUUUGCCAUGGAAACCAUUUAGAGCAGUUCAGCCAAUCAGAGCUAAGAUUUUUCCUGACCCUUCCUCUGACCUCUGGUUUUCUCUCAUUUGCCAUCAUCCAGUUUCUUUUUUGUUGUGGUUGUUUUUCUCUCAGUGUCUUUGUUAAAACCAUGAUGCAGUUGUGGUACAGAUAUAAAGCCUGUGUGAUUGGAUUACUUUCAUUCCUUGCGUUGUGUUACUUUCAUUCCAUUUAUUUUGUGUUUAUCUUUUCUUUAUCACUUCCUCUCCCCUUAAAGGGACAGUUCCAUCCCAAAAAUAAAAACUGGCAUCAUUUGCUCACCUUAAUGUCAUUAUUCUGCUAAAUGACUUAGGCUGAAUGACUUCUUUUCCAUACAAUGAGAAUUAAUUUUGAAGGAGGCUGUUCAACUUCAAAAAUAUAAAAAAAAAAGCAUCAUAAUGCUAAAACAUCUGCUAAAAGUGAAUUUGGGCAGUGUUCAGGAGUGCGCUUAACAUACACUACCAUUAAAAAGUUUGGGCUUGGUAAGAUUUUUUGUUUUUGAAAGAAGCCUUUGCUCAAAAAAAUACAGAAA